CGAUUGCUGAGUCACAUAUCGCGAACGAUCUCUCCCAGCAAGGUGUACAACAUUCAUUCGGUCGGUUUCUCCGCGUAUAACGUGUAUACGAUCGCGUCGCGCGUUCGCGAAAAAGUGUCUCGUAACGUCAAAAAUGUUUCUUCGUCCCCGCGCGAAAUCAUCAGUUGUGACAUAAAGAACGAAUCUCGUGGUGCAUAAUUCGCGGGCUACUCGCCUGCUCGCGCAUCCGUUUCGCGAUUAUUCGAUUAUUUUUUUGCGUGUGUGCCGAUGUUUAUACGCAUGUACAUGCACACAUAUAUAACGGAGUGUCAUUAUAGGAACCUGUCAAAUUCUUUGUUCCCCCCGCUCAUGUCAAAUUGCAGCUGAUCCGCGUGUGUGAUGUGUCACACUUGUCUUUGACGCAUCUCGCGCCGCAUGCAUCGGCAGAACGACUCGAUAGUGUCCGAGUGUACAUCGUCGACGAUCAGGAGGUGCUGAGCCACUUGUCAAAGGAAUAUUCAUGAGGCAUGUGUGUGCGACGCGCGCGACUGCACCGCAGUUUGUGAUGUGACUUGUGCGUUUUGAGGUUAUUUUGGUCUCGUGUAACUGACCUAAGAUACUUGCUUCGGAAAAGCGCGGACCUUUUAUUUUCACUCUGGCGCUACGAGCGACAAGUCGACUUUCCAACGGCUCUUUCCUCCGGAUUUCCAAAAAUUGAAAACAACAGAUGAGCGCACGGUAGUGACUAGUGCGUUCUAACCUUAAAAACAGAAACACAAGAAUCAUUGAAAUGUAUUUCAUCGCGUGAACGGUGCACCGUCGUCGUUCUACGAGAAGAUUCUUUGUUUUCGUGGGAAUAGCUUCGCAUUACUUGCGUAUAGUGUCAAUGAAUAUCUUAUGAAAUCACGUUAUUUAUUCAUGAUGUCAAAUCUAUUAUUUGUACUUAACAAGGACAACAAACCACUGUGACAAUACUUCAAGAUAUAUAGAACUUUGUUUUUGUCUGUGCUAAUUUAAUCGGAGCAAGUUAGCAAAAUGUUGUGCAUGAAGAAACUGUAUCGGGAGGAGCUGCUCCAAUUGGCAUUGCUGCUCUCCUUGCUACGCGUAGAUCCAGAGUCUUAUUUGGGUCUAGACAUUCAAACCAUCAAUGUAGGAUCUUUAGAUCUCAAUAAUGGAUCAGGAUGGCACACGGAUCACACAAUUAUCCAUCGUCCAAUGUUUGUACAUCCAAAGAAUCCAGAUUCCAUGCUUCUAAAUUAUCAGAGAGAUCUAUUCGAAGAGCUCAAUUCAUUAGGAAGAUAUAAUAGAAUGAAUUCUGGUCUCAAUGCUAUACAUGCUUAUUUAUUAAAUAUCGAUGAAUCUAAUAGAGAUGCAGCAUUGGCAGGUCCCAGCAUAUCUGUUUCAACAAAUACAGCAAGAAACAUGACAUCUCCUGACCCACCAACCUCUACGCAAAGUCCUGCAGAACCAAUUGGUGCAACAGAACUUACUCAAGAGGAUAUGGACCUAAUUGAGGUUCUUUGGAAGCAGGAUGUGGAUCUGGGAUUCACGCUUGUGGAACCUGGCACGACGCCUGCCAAAAAAUCAUCUACAUCAGAAAAAGAAUCAGCGGACGAAAUCGAAAAACUGAAAGCUUUGGAAGCAAUUAAUGCCACGAAUCAAAAGGAUGAUGCCAAAGAACCCGAACCGCAAGAAGAUGAUCCUUGGGCAGGGCUUCCUUACACUGUGGAUCUUGAAACCGGUGAAUAUAUUCUCAGCUCCGGCAGUCAGAACGGAAGUGGAAGUAGCAUCAUCGAAGAAGACGAUCCGCUUCUCAACCAAGCAUCGUUGGCUUUAGACAAUCAUCCCUUGGCUGACUUAACCGAUGAUUCUCUGGGUCUAAACGACACUCUAGGACUUGAGCAUGACUUUACAUCAGAAUUACUCGGAAGUAGUCUCUUGGAAAACGCUGGCGUAGAGGGCCUGCUCAGCAACGAUACUCUAGGCUUGCCCGACGAAUUUAAUCUUGAGGAGGCGCUUCAGCUCGUUGGCCUCGAUGAGGCUCAACCAGAGGAAACAAAGUCAGAAGUGAAAAAGAAGAAGAAGAAGAAAGCGGCUACUGCCGUAGACUCCGCAAGUGCAGAGGACGACGCGUCCAUCACCACCUCGAGUAACGGCGAGGUCGCGAAGUCAUCCAGGUGCGAGGAUCCCGAGACCGGCGACAUGAUUCACACACCGCAAUUUCAUCAUCCCCAUCAUCCACACCACCGCUCCUUCCAGGGUCGCAUGCCAUUUAUGCGAGCGAUGAGCAUGGAACAGCGGUGGCAAGAUCUCGCAUCUUUGUUAUCCCUACCGGGAGCACCGGAUCAUUUCGCACAUCCAGCUCAUUCUGGAUAUCCAGGACACGGCAUAAGUCACAGUCAUUACGAGGCGCAACGUAACGUAUUGCUCCACAAUCCUACCUUAGCACCUCCGGUUGGAGAUUUAAAUUCGACCGGACCUUAUCACAAUGUGGGUGGGUCAUCGAACCUGGGAUCAGCUGUGGCAACAUCAAUGAAUUUGACAAAUAGUAGCGAACCAAUGGGUGCUGAGAAUGGCGCGACUUAUAAAUCUGAACCUAGCGAUAUGAUGUAUUAUCAUACACCGACAACAGAUUCUAUCAACCAAACUACUGACGGAUUUCUUUCAUCUUUACUCAACGAUGAGGAUUUGCACCUGAUGGAUAUGGCCAUGAAUGAUGGUAUGUACACCAUGCGCAUGUUGGACAACGGUAGCAACAAUGCAACCGGACCCACCGGUGCAGCGGCUUUACCGAAUGUGCAAACGGCUGGUGGCACGACUUCGACGGCUACGGGUGUCACGACUCUACCUGGUGUAGCCGACGAGAGGAUGGACGCUUCGAGUGAUAGCGCUGUUAGUAGUAUGGGUAGCGAACGCGUACCAUCUCUUUCGGACGGCGAGUGGAUGGAAACUGGAUCAAAUUCCAGCCAUACACAGGCUGAUUCUCAUUACACCAUGGAUUACGCAAGCAAAUAUCGCAUGUCAUACGACUGCAGUUAUUCGGUAUCCGGAAGAAAUGCCGGCUCUCCAAGAUGUCAAACAGAACGGACUGUACCACCGGUCGCACAAAAGAAACAUCAAAUGUUCGCCAAGCGAUAUUUCCAAGAACAAGGCACUUGCUCACCUUUAGGAGCUACUGCACAUCCGACUACUCCAAUGAAAUAUGAAUAUGAUACACAUACAGUUGGUGCAGGAGCGCCAGGGAACACGUAUUCUGGCCCAAUCGAAGGUGCAGCCGGGCCACAACCUGAAAUUAAAUAUAGUUGUAGUGUGGAUUUCAGUCGUCAUCAAUCUGGACGAUCUGCAAUAGAACAUGUUCAUCAUAAUCACACUUAUCAUUUGCCUGCUGAGAGUUCAGGAUCUCUUCAACGUCCAAUUUCUCGCGAUAAAAAAACCCGCAAAAAUGACAAUGAUGAGCAUUUAACGAGAGACGAGAAGAGAGCAAGAGCAUUGAAUGUGCCGAUUGCAGUCAAUGAUAUCAUCAACCUUCCUAUGGACGAGUUUAACGAACGUCUCAGUAAAUAUGAUCUCAGUGAGGCCCAACUAUCCUUAAUACGCGACAUUAGAAGACGAGGCAAAAACAAGGUUGCCGCACAGAAUUGUCGCAAACGAAAAUUGGAUCAAAUUAUAAGUUUAGCUGAUGAAGUAAAAGAAAUGCGAGAUCGUAAGUUAAGGCUUGUUCGCGAGCGUGAGUUUAUGCUCAUUGAGAGACAGCGAGUGAAAGACAAAUUCAGUCAACUUUAUCGUCAUGUUUUUCAGUCUUUACGAGAUCCAGAUGGUAAUCAAUACCAUCCAUACGAAUACAGUCUUCAACAAUCUGCAGAUGGAAACGUUUUAUUAGUUCCCAGAAAUCAUACAAAUCCGCACCAAUCACGGCAGUCUUCAAUGGAACCGAAGACCAAACCCGAUCCUGAGCACAAGGAAUGAAAUUCUUAAAGGAUUGUAUUGUGAUUGAUUAUUGAAGAACUCCUGUUCUCCUUGAACAGAGCACGUGCGUCCAAAGCGUAGUAAAGACGAAUACGGUAUCGGGGAAUGAAGAUCGUACACGUUAUUAGAAUUACUGCGCAUUAUUCUUGUCAAACAAAAUUUAUGAUUUUACAUGCAGUACGUACUCCAAACAACGAAAUUUAUCAAAGCUACCAGAUUACGAAUCGCAACUGUGCGAUUAUUGACAACUCAAUAUAUUUAGAGAAAUAUAAGAGGAAAGAUAGGAUUUAAUCCUAGAUUUAUUCAUCCUAGCGAUGGUUUUUGUGUGCAAAAGUGAUACUACAGUUUUCAGUUACUUUGACUUAGCUAUAUUAACACAUUUUCACUUCCAAAGAUCACUUGGUACAUUUUUUUCACUCAUUCUCACAAUCAAAGAUUUUUAUAUUACAGCAUUGGAUGAUUAUGUUUGUUCCUACAUGUAUUUCGUUUGUUGACUAUUUUAAAUGAGAAAAAUAAUGAAUAAUGAAAUAAAAUUGAAAACUAUAAAUAUUUUCUAAUAUUGUUUUUACUUAAGCCAGAGUAAUAGAAAAACUAUUUCAAGAAUUUAUAUUGGCUUUAUAAUGACAUAUAAUAUUAUAUAUGUUUGAAAAGCUAAUGAAAUGAGUUACGAAUUUUUUUGCCUAAAUAAAUCAUGGUAUCUCUCUCUCUCUCUCUCUCUCUCUCUCUCUCUUUAAAGUGUUAAAGAAAGAUUAUAAUACGUAAAUAAUAAGAAACUAGUGAAAAAUACAUAUAAUAAAAUAUUAUUAUAUUGUGAAAUCACGAGAACUGUUGUGUCAUAAUUCAAACAAUUCUAAAUUUAUAUUUUAUUCGAAUUACUAUUCUUCCUGCUUUAUGCGUAAAAUAUGCUUGUUAACUUCUUAAAGUGCAUAUACGUAAACAUGUAACUGACACAAAUGCAGUGAUACAGUAUACAUUAAAAAAGCACAUUUUUUUUUACAUUUAUAAAAAAAUUUUUAUUGCGUUUUGAUGUAAUUGUUGUUUCUAUGAGCAUGAUAUAUAUAAAUUAAGUUUAUAUAUUUUCAUACAUACAUAUAUAUAUACACACACACACACACACACACAUACGCACAUAUAUAUAAAAUUCUCAUAGAAAUAUAGGAGUGCGACGAUUAUGUUAAAACGUAAUCUAUCCAGUGAUUUCGAUUGAAUGUGAUUAUUGUUAAUAGUAUACUUAAUUGCCAAAAUUAUGACCCAUCCUUAUAAUUUGCUACGAGCAAAAUGCUGCGAUGUUGAAUACAUUGUGCGCAUAUCAAUAUGAAUAAAAUGAACAUUAAUCAUGCGCAAUAUGUAUACUAUUAAAUAAAUUUUGUUGUGUUAUGAAUUUAGAGAAUACACAUCGAUUUAUGAAACGCUUACAAUACCGAAGCGCUAACGCAUUACGGACGGUAACGCAUCAUGAAUGUAUAAUGCAAAACUAGAACUGCAUUUUAUUGCGGAUUACAAAAUAGAGUGAAGCGAUAAAAGGCAAAUGAUUGAGGCAUUGGCAAAUUUGUAGUAACUAAUCUCUGAACCAUUUUGUGUUCCAUGUAGAAAGCAGCUUAAACAUAUUUCUUAAAUUUCACUCCAGUCAGACAGAUCACAAGCAAAACAUACAUACUCUGUAAUAUAUAUAUUACAAAUAAUAUAGUGAAUAUGAAUACACAAGUAUGUGAAUUUACUGCGAUGCAUUGUAAUGCUAUAUUAUUAAUAGCAUUCCUUGAAAUAUGAACAAACAUGAUAAAAACACAUAUUUUUAUAAAAUAAAAAGAUGAAAAAUGUUCAGGUAUUUCACAUUUGCCUUUUUAUGUAUAUAUUAAUGUAGUUAGUAUAAUUUUCUAUAAAUAUUAUAUAAAUAUAUAUAUAUAUAUAUAUAAAUAUAUGAAAUAUAUAUGAAUGUAUGUAUUUAUGUAUAUGUAUCUGUAUAUAUAAAUACAUAUACGCAGAGUAAUAAUAAAAUAUAUGUUAUAAUGUUAAAAAACGAACGAAGAUACAAUUUAUGUCAGCAAUUAUUAAUAAUCAGCUCCUUAUUAACAUUUACAUAUGCAAUUGUAUUCAUAUUAUGGGGUGUAGGAUGCCUUUUACAUAUUGUACUUACAAUUAGCGAGCGGAGAUCUCAUUAUUGGCAAAUCUUUGUAAAAGACUAAUUUAUAAGACUCUGUUCAUCUAUUGUACAAAUAAUUUGAAUUUGCACAAAUAUUGUGCAAAUCUAAUGCAAUGAAGAUCUCCUGUCAUUAAAUUUCUAUAUUAUAUAAAUAAAGCUGAAUAAACCUCUGGGGAAAGUAUCGUA